UUGGGGAGGGGGCGUCGCGUGACGCGCGCAAAAAUUUCGACUACGCUCCCUUCUCUCGUCUCGACUCUCUCAACUCUCAACGACCUUCAUACCGCGACGAGUCGUUGGACCGCGAGUGUCGGUGUCUCCUCGGAAAGGUAAAUCGCGCGCGUCUCGGAAAGGAUUGUCGCGUCGAAUAUCGAAACUGGUGACGCGAAAGAGUGCGGCCGUGAGUGAUCUUGUACCAUGGGACAUACGACUGUAUCGUGCCGGGAUUCAGCGAUCGUCGUACGUGAUCCUUGAGAAUUUCGCGGACACCUGUGGACACUUGCUGCGGAGUUACCAUGGCGACCGGCCACUCUUCUGCCGCCAUGUUCCAUGGAGUCGAAGGACAAAAUCAAGGAUCGUUUGUCGAUCAUUGUUGCUGAUGCCACAUCCCUAGAUGAAUCAUCGUGAUCUACGAGCGCGGAGCUUACAAAGUACGCAAAGUCGCAUCGAGUUUAUUGAAUCAUGUACAAGAUAUUACGUCGCGGUUCGGGCCGCGUGUUCGUCCUCGGCGUGGUGGUGCUGUCGCUUCUGCUGUGCCUUUACUACGUCAGCCAGGUUCAGGCACCGCCGUCGUCGUCGUCGUCGUCAUCGUCGUCGGGUCAUCCCGCCGCAGCCGCCAUUCUAAACGAGGAGCUCAGGUACGACCGCAGCAGCCUGACCUCCGUCACCCCGGAUUACAGCGAGUUACCGGACGCUCGAGUGUCACUCGCCACCUGUCCUAUAAUCGUCCCGCGAAACGUCGACAUUGAUGCUCAGCAAGAAUUCAGCAAGUUUGACUUUCAGCCCUCAUGGAUGCGGAGUCGGGAAUAUUGGGACGACAGCUUCGAGGCACGUUUCGCGGAGCUGCGAAAAGAUCCGACCAGGCCGCCCUUGAAGGUUAUCCUUGUGCCUCAUAGCCACACUGAUCCGGGAUGGCUGAAGACAUUCGAGCAGUACUUCCACAGCUCCACGAGGAGCAUCCUAAACAAUAUGGUCUCGAAGCUGCAGCAGUGGCCAAACAUGACCUUUAUCUGGAGCGAAGUCUCGUUCUUAUCAUUAUGGUGGGACAGUGCUCAUCCGACGAAGAAGAUGGUCGUGAAAAGAUUAGUGAAAGACGGUCGGCUGGAGAUGACCACCGGUGGCUGGGUCAUGACCGAUGAAGCGACAUCCCACAUUUACGCCAUGCUGGAUCAACUCAUCGAGGGUCAUCAAUGGCUCAAGACGAAUCUCGACGUGGUUCCCGAAUCGGGCUGGUCCGUCGAUCCGUUCGGCCACGGUGGCACCAUACCUUAUUUUCUGAAGGCUUCGGGCGCGACCGGUACGGUGAUCCAGAGGAUACAUUACGCGUGGAAGCAGUGGUUCGCCAAGAAGCAGUACGGCGACUUUAUCUGGCGGCAGCCGUGGGAUCGCAUCGGCUCCGCUGAUAUGCUCACGCACAAUCAGCCGUUCGACAUCUACAACAUUAAGCACUCGUGCGGUCCGCAUCCUCACGUCUGUCUCAACUUCGACUUCCGCAAGAUACGCGGCGAAUAUACCGAGUACUCGGUACGCGCCGUCGAGAUCACGCCCAACAAUGUCAAGCAGAUGGCCGAGCUCCUGUUGGAACAAUACGCGAGAACCGGCUCGCUCUUUACUCAUAACGUCGUUCUAAUGCCGCUCGGCGAUGAUUUCAGAUACGACCACGCGAUCGAAUGGGAUCAACAGUACACGAACUACAAGAUCUUGAUGGAUUACAUAAAUAGCCGCAAAGACGAAUACAAUGCCGAGGUAGUGUUUGGCACGCCGAAGGAUUAUUUCCAUGAGAUACAGAAGCGUGUAGACAAGUUUCCGUCAUUGACGGGCGACUUCUUCGUCUACUCGGACAUCUUCAGUGAGGGUAGACCGGCCUAUUGGAGCGGCUACUUUACCACUAGGCCGUACAUGAAGAUCCUCGAUCGCGAACUCGAAGCGAAUCUCAGAUCAGCCGAGAUUCUAUAUACAAUUACGCUUAAUCUUGCCAAGCAAUCCGGCAAGGAUAUAAAACUUUACGAGACAUAUUUCGAGAAGCUGGUAAAGGCCAGGCGCAAUCUGGGCCUGUUUCAGCAUCACGAUGCAAUCACCGGCACCUCCAAGUCUUUCGUGAUGAAGGAUUACGCAUUGAAGCUCUUCGAGUCAAUCUCGGAUACUACGAGUUUGCAGAGUUUCGCCAUUCAAUCGCUGGCGGCUGUUACUAGCGGCAAGUCAAAUUCCGUUUACGUGUUGGCUGAAUCAGACAGGGAUAGCUACGAGAAGCUGCCGAAGAAGAUACCGAUUGGCUUGAACGGUCACGAAACUAAAAAGAUCGUCCUCUUCAAUCCGUUGGCGCAACCCAGGCAGGAAGUGAUCAGUCUCAAAGUUACUUCGUACAAGAUCAAGGUGAUGGAUCCACAGAGAAAUCCCAUACCUUACCAGAUUGCGCCAGUGAUGAAUGCAACGAAUAUCAUGCAUGACGUGUAUGUACUGCUUUUCGUAGCCGAGCUGAAACCUCUAUCGAUCGCCACGUACCAUUUGCAACAGGUCGAUAAAGUACCGGUGGAAGCUAUCUCAACAGUGUAUUGCAGCCGUUGCGGCAAGGACAAUGUUUUUCCUAUCAAACCAAUGCAGGUGGGCGAUGUACAGCUGGAGAAUCAACGAAUGAAGUUGCUAUUUGAUGGACAGACAGGCUUUCUAAAGAGAGUUACUAAAAAAUCCACUGGUAAGAUUAUGCAGUGCGCUGUGCAAUUCGCCGCGUAUCCGUCAGCGCAAUUCCAUAGUGGCGCUUAUCUCUUCAUGCCGGAUCCGAAUCUCCGGGACACUGACAAGGAUGUUCUCGAAGCCUACACGCCUCAUCAAAAGAUCUACAUCGUUAGUGGCAGCCUUAGUUCUCGGCUCACUGUCGAGUACGGCAAAUUGCUAACGCACCAUGUGGCUAUCUAUCAUCGCGACGGUGGCCUCGGAGAAGCCAUCUACGUACGUAACAUCGUAGACUUCGAGACGCCGCCUAAGAAUCGUGAAACAGAAAUGUUCAUGCGGCUACAAACUGACAUCUCCAACGGUGAUCCACCAGAGUUUUACACCGAUCUGAACGGUCACCAGAUGAUUAAGCGCACCAAGAUUGAACGCAUCGGUAUCGAAGGCAAUUACUUUCCCAUUACAACCAUGGCCUACAUCGAAGAUUCGAGUCACCGAUUGACGCUGUUAGUAAAUCACUGUCAGGGCGCGGCCAGCUACCAACCCGGCUGGUUGGAAGUGAUGCUGGAUCGAAGAACUCUGUAUGACGACUCGCGAGGCAUGGGCGAGGGUUUGCUGGACAAUCGGCGGACCGUCAUUAAGCAUUGGUUGCUACUCGAGGACAUAACCGGCGAAAAAGACAAAUAUUCGAGGCCAUCACUAUUCGCCAAUCAUUUGAGCAACGCUCUCAACUAUCCGGUCAAUAUCUUCGUCGUGGACGGUAGCGAGCAGGAGGUCACUAUGGCGCCAGAGGUGCGAUUGCUGAGUCAGAGCUUUCCAUGCGAUCUUCAUCUGCUCAAUCUGCGCACCAAUCACGAUCAAAAACUACCGCACUUCCCAGUAAAUAGCGCUCUUAUGGUGCUGCACCGGCAGGGCUACAGCUGCUCCGUAGGCAUCGACAUAGCGCUAAAACACUGUCCGCUCAUCGAGAGACUCGCGCAGGGAACCGCGUUCUACAAGCUUGACAAUAUCAAUGUCACCAAGACAUCGCUGACUGGCACGCGGCCGGGUGUCCGUCUUAAGGACGGUCUCCAGGAAAUUGGUUUGCAACCGAUGCAACUUGAAACAUUUAAUGUGAAUUUUAUACAAUGAUGCUAAGAUGGUUGAUUGGCGAUCAAUUGUCAAUCUUGCGUUGAUUGAUUGAUGAAAUUCCGAUAAUACGCAAUAUCUGCCCUUUUCGAACAACACUGCCGUAUUAAUCGUAUUAAAUACUACCUCUUCAACUCUUUGUGUAAUGUGCGAUGUUGUUGGCGAUAAAAGACGAGAAUCCAUGGAAUACGAAAAUGCAGGUAAUUACAAAAUUUUCUUGUGUGGAACAACAUGAAGGGAAAAAAAAUUUGAAAAAGUGAUAAAUCGUUUUGAGACAAUAUAUUGAAAUAAAUGAUUACCACUUUAUGGAUUAAUUAGAACGGAUUCUUUCAGUGUUAUACGUUUAAAAAAUUUUUUAUUUUAUUAGAAGGAAUUUUUAUCAAUUUCUUUUGACAACGUACUCUACCGGUUUAGAAAUCGAUCAUUUGUGCCAUUAUUUUUUUUUUUUUUUACACAUUUAGUUUUAUCCUUUAAUCGCUUCUAUUUAGAAACAAAAAAAGAAAGUAAAAGUUUUAAAACAGAUUAAUGAUAAAAAUUAUAAAUAAAAAAUUAAAGAGAUUUAUAAAUUUCACAGUGUAAAUCUUGCGAAAUAUUGAAUCAAGCAUCACGCUAGAAUUUUUUACAUUAAUUCUUCUUGAGGACAAAUUUAGCCAACUUCUACGAUUUUUCGUGUCGGUCGCAUUACGUUUAUAUCGGAAAAUUUUCAGAAAUGACAGAAAGAGCGCGUGUGUAAAUAGAGAAUUUAAUCGAUGCAACAUAAUUAACUGCUAAUUAUGACAAACGUGCAACACGUGCACGUGCUGUGUACAUAUUGUUCCUGUAUGAUGCGUUCCUUGCAUUUUAUUAUUGAAUGACAGGAACGCCGAGGUAUCGAGAGAAAGAGGGAAGGGGAUAAGCGAGAAAUAAAAAGAUGUACACGUAAAUAUAUAUAAAUAUGUUAGUAAUUUACUACUGCGUAGUAUGAGAUCUGAUUAAUAGUAUAUUCAUUAGAACACAAGAUCUUUCCAGGUUUAUCCUGAUGUACUUUGUUUAUUGAAUUUUAAGCGAUUCUUCCAUAAACAAAUACGCUUUUCGCUGGCACAGCUUUAAUUAUGAAUUAUAAUUUAUAAUUUGUGUUUAACUUGGCCUCAUCAUAGCGUUAAAAAAAAAUAAUGGAAAUUGUGACGAUUCACUUUUUAAGUAACAGUAACGAAUUACUUUUCAAAAUUAAUAAUUUAGUAAUGUCGACGAAUUAUUUUUUAAAAGAAAAAUUGCUAACAAGUUAUUUUUCAGAGAAAAAAAUACGAGAAAGGUAGAAACGAGUUACUUUAAAAAGCAACUUUUUCAACCCUGUAUUUCUUUCUUCAUAAAUGAAGAUUUUUUUUUUUUAAAAAAAAGGAGAGGCAUUACAUGUCGAGACAUAAAAGGGGCCAAAAGACUAGGCCUAUACAAAAGAACAAAUUUGAUUAAAAUUUCAAACUGCCACUUUUAUUUGUUCGCACGAUGAAUACCCGUAGGCAGACUGACUAACACAACUACGGACAGUUCUUUUAUUAAGAGAGCGUCUAGAUACAUAUGUAUAUAUAUACAUGUAUUGUACAUAUCAAAAAUCGUAACUCGAUCUAGAGUAAUUAACGAUACCGUAGAUGACAUUUGUGAUAGUGAACGAUGUAAAGAAAAUCUCAUACAUCUAUUUUCGUAUGUUAGAUAUUUUGCUAUUGGUCUUCCCUCUUUCCCUCUCUGCGAAUACUGAUACUAGUGUCUUCUUAUAGAUGAGGGGGACACGAUUCGGAGAUUCUCUCCGCGAGAUCCGAAAAUAUAAAUUGCGUAUGUUACAAAUGCGUGUGUUAGAUGAUGGAGUUAUCUUUCAAAAAUAAUGCAAGAAUCUCCACUGAACAAAGGUACCAAGAUAAUUUAAAAAAAAGUUUAUAAAUUAUUAAAAAAAAAUUGUAAAUAAUUAAAUAUCUCUCAUGAUUCUCGAACACACUGAUAAUUGUCACGAUUGUGAAAUUUAUUUCGCUUUUUUUCAUCUUCUAAAUUGUUAGUACUAUACGCACUGAAAAUCUGUCAAAUUGAUAAUAAUAUAAUAUACUUUCUUUCGUAUCAUACGCGAAAAGUCUUUUAAAACUUUUUAUGAUUAUGAGAGUAAGUGACAAAUAUUGAGAUUCGUCAACAAUAUAUAAAUAUAUCGCAGAAUUUCUUUGCGAUCGUGGUGCGAUCGUUCCCAGUGAUCUUCCAUUUUCAUAGAGAAUCUCGAAGUGUCCCUUUUUGCAGCUGUGCGACAGUUCUAUAUAUAAAUAAUUUGUACAUAUUAGAUUAAUUAAUGGAAAGUUGCGUGCAGCUUUCGAGUAGACUGUCCCAUCCUCUGACACGAGAGACAAGAGAGGAAAUUAAUUUUUCCGAAAAUAAAAAACCGUAGAACCCACUUUAUAUGAUUUAGAAUUCAUGACAGAAUUCAAAAUAGAUUUAUGAUUUUAUAUACUGUACAUUCUAUGUAAUAUACAUGUAUGUGCGUGUGUAUAUGUAUAUUCUUAAUCUUGUAUAGAUGUAUAUUUUAAUUCUUCGAAAGUUCUGUACUACAAGUGGUACAUAAAAUUAUAAAUAGAAUUCUAUCCUGAAUUUUGUCACGAAUUAUAUAGAUCCUCUCUAAAGCGGUUUAUAAAAUAUUACUUUUGUGUAUAAAAACAAUAUUCUUCCCGGUAUGCGAAUAUAAUUAUUAUGAUCGAGAAAGUGUUUUUUUUUUUUUUAAUUAUUAAGCCUUGUAAGUUAGUUAUCGCAAUAUUUUAAAGUUAUAAAUUUAAGUAAUCAAUUUAUAUAGCUCUAAUAAAUUUCACGGUUUGCGAACGAUCGUUUAUACGAGUUUUAACGACGUUGUCCAUAAAUAGAGGAUUGUCGAUGAGAUGAUUAAACCGAUAGAUGAAGAGUAAUAGAAAAUAAAAGACGAGCGGAUGAUGCGCCGGUAAAGUAUAGAAAUAAUAAGUUUCUUUUUCCUGAAAAAAAUAUGCUCUUGUGUGUCAUUUUUGAUCAUUACUGUUGCGCAUCAUUGCGUUGGAUCUUUGACGAAAACAGGCGAAAAAAUGUUUGUAAAAAAUAAAUUAUUUAUAUUAUUUAUAUAUUUAUUCAUUUAUUAGCUUAAUAAUGCGGCUGUUUUUAUUCUGCGAUCGAUUAAAUAAUUGUAAAAAUUUAUCUCAAAUUGAUUAAUUAAUUAUAUGAUAAAAUAUUGUUUUAUUAUCGUUUCUGUUUUAGUAUUUUGUAGUUUUGUUAUUUUAAUUUACAUUUACACUAAUGAUGCAAUGCACUGCUCUCUACAUAUAUACAGUUAUUCGCUUAGUUUGAGUUUUUAAACGUAACGAAUCAAAAAAGAGCGCCUUGACAAGUGAAAUUUUGUUGUGGGUGUUUUAAGAAGACGGAGUUAAACAUUUUCGUGAAAUAAUACUUUAUUCGAGCACUGAAUCGAUAUCAGGAAGUAUCGAUGAAGUGCCCGAAACCGCGUGUUAACUACUGUCUCUAUAACGAUAUUGUAACAUAUUGUAUGUUUUGUGCCGUCAUUAGAGAAAGAGAGAGAAAUGGAGUUCUAUAUCAAAGACUAAAAGUUAUAUUACGUGUUCACACAACUCUGUCGCUCGAGUGAUUCGCAAAUAAUUUAUUACUUGGAAUCACGCGAGUGCUACCCGAUUCGAGUGACGGAUAAUGAUGAUUACGAUAUCGAUAUUCCUUUUAUGUUAUACGAUGUAAUAUUAUAUUUAUUAAAUAAAAUUAGUAACUGACGUA